GUACUGACAAACGAUUGAAUGAAGGCCCCAGAGAGAGGGACACGCGAAGCUCUCAAGCGCAGUAUAACUCGUAACCAACGGUCCCCAUCCUUAUCCAUAUCCUACCCACCGUACCUAUCCUAUCUAACCUCCCGAUCCUCUCCGACCCCCCGUCCUAGUACCCCCAACUUCGCCCUCGCCCCCGCCCACGCUCCGAGGAAUCCCUAAGGAGACGGACGUUUGGGCGAAGGAGACGACGGACGGAAAGAGGGACCUCAGACGGGGACCUCGACGAGCAGCCAACACCCCGACGUCGACGAGAGAAGGAGCCUCAGUUUGAGCGAGUCGCCGCCACGAACGGACGUGUGGCGCUGGUGCUCUCGAGAGGAAAAAUUAUCCCCCCCCCCCCUCAUCCUCUUCCAUCGUCACACUUUUUUUUUUUAAAUCGAAACAAGACUCCCUUUUUUAUUUUAAAAAAUCUCCCUCCGUUGUGUGUCGUGAUACCUGUUGGUUGCGGGGCUAACUUGAGCCGAUUGCCUGUGCUGUGUCGAACUCUAGGAGCGUGUUUAGUAUCAUUCCAUUAAAGAGCUCUUAAUCAAAACUCGAUCGUAUAUCCGCUAAGACUUGACGAAAAAAAAUAUCGAGUAAUUAAAAAAGAAAGAGAGGAAACUAAACCGCGAAGAUGGUGGUCGAAGACAAGAAGAAGACGAGUAAAGCCGGAGCGAAGGACAAGCGGCCGAUUACGCCGUCGGAGAAAUGCAUCUGCCAGAUCUGCACGUGUGGGCGCCACAGAUGUCCCCACUCUCAGCCCACCGCGCGGCGCUGGCAGCAUACAGCCCUCUACGACGAAUCGGCCGAAAUCUCCUACUCCACGGAACAGAGCUCGGCCUACCGCUCCUACUCGACCUCCGAACACCAGGCGGCGCUCAAGAUGGAGAGGAAGCAGUACGGGGACAGGUCCAGCGUCGACGGCCGGUUAGAGCUGUCUGAGGCUCGAGACGCACAGAGCCUCAGCCACGGCCUCGACCAGCAGAGUUCCUCGUACUCAACCGUUCAGCAGAGCUCCUCCUCCUCCUCCAGCAAGGUCCAGCAGAGCAGCUCGGAGCAGAAGCAGAUCUCGUCCUCCAGCCUAACCCAAGAAGAGCGCGUGAGUAGUAGCUCUCUGCAGCAACAGCAGACCAAGGAGGAGCUUCAGCGCUUUGCCGAUACGCUUACUCUCAGGGACGACCUGUUCAGUACGCAGGGACAGCAACAGCAACAGCUACAGGGGAGAGUCACCUCACACGGCGCUCACACUGCCGGGCAGGAUACACAGGCAGUGGCGGGGUCCGGGCAGACCAGUGUGACACAGCGAGCCCAGAUUGAUGGCGGUGGUGGACUGACAGCCACAGGUUCGGACUCGCUCAGUAUCUCGAAAAAUGUCGAUUCGAAGUCGUCCUCGAUGGCAGCCUCGUCCUCGUCCCAGGUUUCGAAGUCGGUCUCUUCCUCGCACGUGUCCUCCUCUUCUUCUACCUCGAUGGUCAAGGAACAGCGCUCGUCCUCGUCCUCGAAGAAGGUGUCGAGUACGGAGGAGAGCUUCAGCGUCUCCGGACAGAGCUCGCGCGACUACCGAAGCAGCAGCAGCAGCAGGAAGGAAUCCUCGGAGAGCAAGAGCAUGUCGCAGCAGAAGAAGAGCGUGUCGCAGGAAGUGAAGAUGGUGAAGCAGAGCGAGAGUCGGCAGCAGUCGUCGUCCAUGGAGAGUCAGCAGAUGACAGAGCAGCAGAUGAUAGAGCAGCAGCAUCUGCAGCAGGGGCGUGAGAGCCAGGUCGCUUCGACAGAGCACCAGCGCGGACAGGACCUGAGCGUCUCAGAAAGACUCGCCUCGAAGGAGCAGCAACAACAGGUAUCCCUCUCGAGCCAGGAGUCAUCUUCGGUCAGCCAACAGAUGUCAUCCAUGAGCCAGAAAAUGUCGUCGACCAGCGAAAGGGUUUCGCAGACGUCGUCAACGAACCAUAUCUCGUCUUCGUCCAGCGAACAGGUGUCGCAGUCGAGCCAAGAGAUCUCCUCUUCGAAACAGCACAUUUCGUCGAGCGAGCAGAACAUCUCGCAGAGCCUUCAGGUUUCCCAGAGCGAGGAGACGUCGAGGCGGGAAGCGACGAUGGCCAGCCAGCAGAUUAGCUCAGAGUCGCGAGUCACCGCCGGCCAACACGUGGUCGACGGAACAGUGGCCAGAAAUCGCCAGGACGUUUCCAGCCUCCAGUUAGGCAAAGGAGAUUACUUCGGAAAAAGCACAGAGAAAGUAGAAUACAUGACCGUCUCAGGCCAUGCCCUGACAUCAGGCAGAAGAGCAGACAAUCUCAAACUCCAAGGCGAUCUCUACUACCCCGAGAAAACCUCCCCGGGCAAGGGCGACCGAGCAGACGUCAAAAGGCCCUCGGACAAUUUGAGAACCGAAGGAGACUUCACCGCCCCCGAGAAGACUUCACCCGGCAAGGGAGACCGAGCAGACGUCAGAAAACCCACAGACAAUUUGAGAACCGAAGGAGACUUCACCGGGAAAGAAAAGACCUCCCCGGGCAAGGGAGACCGAGCAGACGUCAAGAGACCCUCAGAUAACUUAAGACCAGAAGGAGACUUCAUCGCUCCGGACAAGACCUCACCGGGCGUUGGCGACCGCGCGGCCGUCAGGAGACCACAGGACAACCUAGCUCCGUCUGGCGAUUUCGAGGGUGUCAGCACAAGUAAAGACCAAUAUAUUGUUGUCCAGGGAGAUCGAGCCGAUGUAAAGCGCUACCAAGAUUCUCUGAAAGUCGACGGGGAGUUUACCAGUGUCACUUCCAGCAAAGAGUCUUUCCAGAAACACGAAUCCAUCUCACACUCGGAGCGCGUUGUGCACCAGGACAACAUCAGACUCGAGGGUGAAAUGGAAACGAUGAAAACGUCCUCGCAAAGUGAGUACAUUGAGAGAGCGGGCGACAGGCCGAAGUUACAAAGGAAGAAGACCUGGACCAAGCUAGAGGGAGAAAUGUACAUGAACAGGUCCAGCGAUGAAUACCAGUCCUAUCAACAGACUGAGAGGAGUCAGGUUAUCAGACAUGAAGACAACCUUAAAAUGGAAGGUGUUAUGGAAGGAUUUACUAAGGAUACUUCACCAAUGAAGGGUGAAAGAGCACCAGCCAAGCGACAUCCUGACAACCUGAAACUGGAAGGAAACUUUGAAGGAAAGUCACCAGAAGGUGCUCCUCUGGGAGAGAGAGCACCAAUGAAGAAAUAUCCUGACAAUUUGAAGCUUGAAGGUGACUUUGAAGGGAAACCUCAGGAUGGAGUACCAAUGGGUGACAGGGCUCCAAUGAAGCGAUAUCCAGAUAACUUAAAGUUAUCUGGUGAUUUUGAAGGUCGCCCUGAAGAGGGAGCUCCUAUUGGCCAUAGAGAAUCCAUCCAAAGGUAUCCUGAUAAUCUCAGGAUGGAGGGUGAAUUCACAGGACGUUCACGAAGCCGGAGUCCUGUCAAGGGUGAGCGGUCCAUGAUCAAACGUCAUCCUGAUAAUCUUAAAAUGGAAGGGACCUUCGAGGGCAUGGAACGAAGUAGAAGCCCAACAAAGGGAGAGCGAGUACCAACAAAGAAGCAUCCUGACAACCUUAAGGUCGAGGGAGAUUUUCUCGGGAAGUCGCCUGAAGCUGCUCCUAGGGGUGAGCGAGCUGCAAUCAAAAAGCAUCCGGAUAAUCUAAAAAUUGAAGGAGACUUUGAGCCAAAACCCAGAGGUCGAAGCCCAACAAAGGGUGAAAGGGCCAAAACUAAGAAACAUCCUGAUAACUUAAAGGUGGAAGGAGAUUUUGAAGGAAAACCAAGGGAAGUAGCACCUAAAGGAGACAGGGCAGCUAUAAAAAAACAUGAAGAUAACCUGAAGAUGGAAGGCACACACACAAUGAGGGAGAGGAGCAAGAGCCCAGUCAAGGGGGAGAGAGCUCCAAUCAAAAAGCAUCCAGACAACUUAAAACUUCAAGGAGACUUCGAAGGGAAGCCUCAUGAUGAAGCUCCACUUCGAGGUGAGAGGGCCAAAGUCAUUCGACAUGCAGACCAAUUGCACAUGGAAGGAGAUUUCAAUAUGGAGAAAAAGGAACAUGUAACAUUCAAGGGGGAGAGAGUUGAAAUUACAAGGCAUGAAGAUAAUUUGAGGAUGGAGGGAAGUUUUACAGGAAAAGAAACUGAAUAUCAGCAGUUCAAGGGAGAAAGAAGUAAAGUUGUAAGACAUGAGGAUAAUCUUCGAAUGCAAGGAGACUUUAUUGGCAAGGAAUAUGAAGAAGUGACUAUUGGAGAACGAGCACCAGUUAAGAGACACCCAGACAAUUUGCGAAUGGAAGGAGACUUCCAAGCUCCAAAACCAGGUGAAGCUCCAAGAGGGGAAAGAGCCCCUGUUAAACGCCACCCUGACAACCUUAAGAUGACUGGAGAUUUCCAAGGAAAAGAAGAAGAUUACAGAAUUAUACGUGGAGAAAGAGUAGAGGUUGUCCGGCGUGAGGACAACUUGCGCAUGGAAGGAGAAUUCAUAGGUAAGGAGUAUGAGAAAGUUAUUGUAGGUGAAAGAGCACCAGUAAAAAGACACCCAGACAAUCUUCGAAUGGAUGGAGACUUUUAUGCCCCUGGUCCUGAAGAUGCUCCACGUGGAGAAAGAGCUCCUGUUAAGAAACAUCCUGACAAUCUUAAGCUAGGUGGAGACUUCCAAGGAAAGCCUCGUGAAGAUGCUCCAUAUGCUGAAAGAGCUCCUGUGAAGAAACACCCGGACAAUCUUCGAAUGGAUGGAGACUUCUAUGCCCCAACUCCUGAAGAUGCUCCUCGUGGUGAGAGAGCCCCAGUAAAACGUCAUCCAGAUAACUUACGCAUGACUGGAGAUUUUAUUGGUAAGGAAGAAGAAUACAUUACCAGGCGAGGAGAGAGAGUUGAAAUUGUGCGUCGUGAGGACAAUCUCCGAAUGGAAGGAGAAUUUAUUGGCAAAGAGUAUGAACAGGUAACAAUUGGAGAAAGAGCCCCAGUCAAGAAGCAUCCUGACAAUCUCAAAAUGGUUGGAGACUUUGAAGGAAAGCCACGUGAAGAUGCUCCUUAUGCAGAGAGAGCUCCUGUCAAGAAACACCCAGACAAUCUUCGUAUGGAUGGAGACUUUUAUGCUCCUACUCCAGGAGAUGCUCCUCGAGGUGAAAGAGCACCUGUAAAACGUCAUCCAGAUAAUCUACGUAUGACUGGAGACUUUAUUGGCAAGGAAGAAGAAUACACUGUGAAGCGAGGAGAGAGAGUGGAAGUUGUCCGACGUGAGGACAAUCUUCGUAUGGAGGGAGAGUUUAUUGGCAAAGAGUAUGAACAAGUAACAAUUGGAGAAAGAGCCCCAAUCAAGAAGCAUCCUGACAAUCUCAAAAUGGUUGGAGACUUUGAAGGAAAGCCUCGUGAAGAUGCUCCAUAUGCUGAGAGAGCUCCUGUCAAGAAACACCCAGACAAUCUUCGUAUGGAUGGAGACUUUUAUGCUCCUACUCCAGGAGAUGCUCCUCGAGGUGAGAGAGCUCCUGUAAAACGUCAUCCAGAUAACUUACGCAUGACCGGAGACUUCAUUGGCAAGGAAGAAGAAUACACUGUCAAGCGAGGUGAGAGAGUUGAAGUGGUUCGACGUGAGGACAAUCUUCGUAUGGAGGGAGAAUUUAUUGGCAAAGAGUAUGAACAAGUAACAAUUGGAGAAAGGGCCCCUGUUAAAAAGCAUCCCGACAAUCUUAAGAUGGUUGGAGACUUUGAAGGAAAGCCUCGUGAAAAUGCUCCUUAUGCUGAGAGAGCUCCUGUCAAGAAACACCCUGACAAUCUUCGAAUGGAUGGAGAUUUCUAUGCUCCCACCCCAGAAGAUGCACCACGUGGUGAAAGAGCUCCAGUCAAGAAACAUCCUGACAAUCUUAAGCUAGGUGGAGACUUCCAAGGAAAGCCUCGUGAAGAUGCUCCAUAUGCAGAGAGAGCUCCUGUCAAGAAGCAUCCAGACAAUCUUCGAAUGGAUGGGGACUUCUAUGCUCCUACUCCUGGAGAUGCUCCUCGUGGUGAAAGGGCUCCAAUCAAGAAACAUCCUGACAAUCUUAAGAUGGUUGGAGACUUUGAAGGAAAGCCUCGUGAAAAUGCUCCUUAUGCUGAGAGAGCUCCUGUCAAGAAACACCCUGACAAUCUUCGAAUGGAUGGAGAUUUCUAUGCUCCCACCCCAGAAGAUGCACCACGUGGUGAAAGAGCUCCUGUUAAGAAACAUCCUGACAAUCUUAAGCUAGGUGGAGACUUCCAAGGAAAGCCCCGUGAAGAUGCUCCAUAUGCUGAGAGAGCUCCUGUCAAGAAACACCCUGACAAUCUGCGUAUGGAUGGAGACUUCUAUGCUCCUACCCCAGAAGAUGCUCCUCGUGGUGAGAGAGCUCCAGUCAAGAAACAUCCUGAUAACCUUAAGCUAGGUGGAGACUUCCAAGGAAAGCCUCGUGAAGAUGCUCCAUAUGCUGAAAGAGCUCCAGUGAAGAAACACCCAGAUAAUCUUCGUAUGGAUGGAGAUUUCUACGCUCCUACACCUGAAGAUGCUCCCAGAGGAGAAAGAGCACCUGUUAAACGACAUCCUGAUAAUCUUCGCAUGACAGGAGACUUCAUUGGUAAAGAAGAAGAGUAUACUAUUAAAAGAGGAGAGAGAGUAGAAGUUGUUAGGCGUGAAGACAAUCUCCGUAUGGAAGGAGAGUUUAUAGGGAAGGAAUAUGAGCAGGUCACUGUAGGAGAAAGGGCACCAGUCAAGAAACAUCCUGAUAAUCUUAAGAUGGUCGGAGAUUUUGAAGGGAAACCACGUCAAGAAGCUCCUUAUGCACAAAGAGCUCCAGUCAAGAAACACCCUGACAAUCUUCGAAUGGUUGGGGACUUCUACGCACCAUCACCUGAAGAUGCACCUCGUGGUGAGAGAGCACCUGUAAAACGUCAUCCAGAUAACUUACGUAUGACCGGAGACUUCAUUGGCAAGGAAGAAGAAUACACUGUGAAGCGAGGAGAGAGAGUGGAAGUUGUCCGACGUGAGGACAAUCUACGUAUGGAGGGAGAGUUUAUCGGCAAAGAGUAUGAACAGGUAACAAUUGGGGAGAGGGCUCCAGUCAAGAAGCAUCCAGACAAUCUCAAAAUGGUUGGAGACUUUGAAGGAAGGCCUCGUGAAGAUGCUCCUUAUGCUGAGAGAGCUCCAGUUAAGAAACACCCAGACAACCUUCGAAUGGAUGGAGACUUCUAUGCUCCUACUCCUGGAGAUGCUCCUCGUGGUGAGAGGGCUCCAAUCAAGAAACAUCCUGACAAUCUUAAGAUGGUUGGAGACUUCGAAGGAAAGCCCCGUGAAGAUGCUCCUUAUGCUGAGAGAGCUCCUGUCAAGAAACACCCCGACAACCUUCGAAUGGAUGGAGACUUCUAUGCUCCUACUCCUGGAGAUGCUCCUCGUGGUGAAAGGGCUCCAAUCAAGAAGCAUCCUGACAAUCUUAAAAUGGUCGGGGACUUUGAAGGAAAGCCUCGUGAAGAUGCUCCAUAUGCAGAGAGAGCUCCAGUCAAGAAACAUCCUGACAACCUCCGAAUGGAUGGAGAUUUCUAUGCUCCUACCCCAGAAGGUGCUCCUCGAGGUGAAAGAGCUCCAGUCAAGAAACAUCCUGACAAUCUUAAGAUGGAUGGAGACUUCGAAGGAAAGCCUCGUGAAGAUGCUCCAUAUGCUCAGAGAGCUCCAGUCAAGAAACAUCCUGACAACCUUCGAAUGGAUGGAGACUUCUAUGCUCCUACCCCAGAAGAUGCCCCUCGAGGUGAAAGAGCUCCAGUCAAGAAGCAUCCUGACAAUCUUAAGAUGGUUGGAGACUUUGAAGGAAGGCCUCGUGAAGAUGCUCCAUAUGCUGAGAGAGCUCCAGUCAAGAAACAUCCUGACAACCUCCGAAUGGAUGGAGACUUCUAUGCUCCUACUCCUGGAGAUGCUCCCCGUGGUGAAAGGGCUCCAAUCAAGAAACAUCCUGACAAUCUUAAGAUGGUUGGAGACUUCGAAGGAAAGCCCCGUGAAGAUGCUCCUUAUGCAGAGAGAGCUCCUGUCAAGAAACACCCAGACAACCUUCGAAUGGAUGGAGACUUCUAUGCUCCUACUCCUGGAGAUGCUCCUCGAGGUGAAAGGGCUCCAAUCAAGAAACAUCCUGACAAUCUUAAAAUGGUCGGGGACUUUGAAGGAAAGCCUCGUGAAGAUGCUCCAUAUGCAGAGAGAGCUCCAGUCAAGAAACAUCCUGACAACCUCCGAAUGGAUGGAGAUUUCUAUGCUCCUACCCCAGAAGGUGCUCCUCGAGGUGAAAGAGCUCCAGUCAAGAAACAUCCUGACAAUCUUAAGAUGGUUGGAGACUUCGAAGGAAGGCCUCGUGAAGAUGCUCCAUAUGCCCAGAGAGCUCCAGUCAAGAAACAUCCUGACAACCUUCGAAUGGAUGGAGACUUCUAUGCUCCUACCCCAGAAGAUGCCCCUCGAGGUGAAAGAGCUCCAGUCAAGAAGCAUCCUGACAAUCUCAAAAUGGUUGGAGACUUUGAAGGAAAGCCUCGUGAAGAUGCUCCCUAUGCUGAGAGAGCUCCUGUCAAGAAACAUCCUGACAACCUCCGAAUGGAUGGAGAUUUUUAUGCUCCUACUCCUGGAGAUGCUCCUCGUGGUGAAAGGGCUCCAAUCAAGAAACAUCCUGACAAUCUUAAGAUGGUUGGAGACUUUGAAGGAAAGCCCCGUGAAGAUGCUCCUUAUGCUGAGAGAGCUCCAGUCAAGAAACACCCAGACAAUCUUCGCAUGGAUGGAGACUUCUAUGCUCCUACUCCUGGAGAUGCUCCUCGUGGUGAAAGGGCUCCAAUCAAGAAACAUCCUGACAAUCUUAAAAUGGUCGGGGACUUUGAAGGAAAGCCUCGUGAAGAUGCUCCAUAUGCAGAGAGAGCUCCAGUCAAGAAACAUCCUGACAACCUCCGAAUGGAUGGAGAUUUCUAUGCUCCUACCCCAGAAGGUGCUCCUCGAGGUGAAAGAGCUCCAGUCAAGAAACAUCCUGACAAUCUUAAGAUGGUUGGAGAUUUUGAAGGAAAGCCUCGUGAAGAUGCUCCUUAUGCAGAAAGAGUCCCAGUUAAAAAACACCCAGACAAUCUUCGAAUGGAUGGAGACUUCUAUGCUCCUACUCCUGGAGAUGCUCCUCGUGGUGAGAGGGCUCCAAUCAAGAAACAUCCUGACAAUCUUAAGAUGGUUGGAGACUUUGAAGGAAAGCCUCGUGAAGAUGCUCCAUAUGCAGAGAGAGCUCCAGUCAAGAAACAUCCUGACAACCUCCGAAUGGAUGGAGAUUUUUAUGCUCCUACUCCUGGAGAUGCUCCUCGUGGUGAAAGGGCUCCAAUCAAGAAACAUCCUGAUAACCUUAGAAUGGUUGGAGACUUUGAAGGAAAGCCUCGUGAAGAUGCUCCUUAUGCUGAGAGAGCUCCAGUCAAGAAACACCCAGACAAUCUUCGCAUGGAUGGAGACUUCUAUGCUCCAACACCAGAGGAUGCACCACGUGGUGAGAGAGCACCUGUAAAACGUCAUCCAGAUAACUUACGCAUGACUGGAGACUUCAUUGGAAAGGAAGAAGAAUACACAAUCCAACGAGGAGAGAGAGUGGAAGUUGUUCGGCGUGAGGACAAUCUUCGCAUGGAAGGAGAAUUCAUUGGUAAGGAGUAUGAACAAGUCACAGUAGGAGAAAGAGCCCCUAUCAAGAAACAUCCUGACAAUCUUAAGAUGGUUGGAGACUUUGAAGGAAAGCCUCGUGAAGAUGCUCCUUAUGCAGAGAGAGCUCCACUAAAGAAACACCCAGACAAUCUUCGAAUGGAUGGAGACUUCUAUGCUCCUACUCCAGAAGGUGCUCCUCGAGGUGAAAGAGCACCAGUCAAGAAGCAUCCUGACAAUCUGAAGAUGGUUGGAGACUUUGAAGGUAGGCCUCGUGAAGAUGCUCCAUAUGCGGAGAGAGCUCCAGUCAAGAAACAUCCUGACAAUCUUCGUAUGGAUGGAGACUUCUAUGCUCCUACUCCAGGAGAUGCUCCUCGUGGCGAAAGAGCUCCAAUCAAGAAACAUCCUGACAAUCUCAGAAUGGUUGGAGACUUUGAAGGAAAGCCUCGUGAAGAUGCUCCAUAUGCAGAGAGAGCUCCAGUCAAGAAACAUCCUGACAACCUUCGAAUGGAUGGAGACUUCUAUGCUCCUACUCCUGAAGAUGCUCCUCGUGGUGAAAGAGCUCCUGUCAAGAAGCAUCCGGACAAUCUUAGAAUGGUUGGAGACUUUGAAGGAAAGCCUCGCGAAGAAGUUCCAUAUGCAGAGAGAGCCCCAGUUAAAAAGCACCCAGACAAUCUUCGAAUGGAUGGAGACUUCUAUGCUCCUACUCCUGGAGAUGCUCCUCGUGGCGAAAGGGCUCCAAUCAAGAAACAUCCUGACAAUCUUAAAAUGGUUGGAGACUUUGAAGGAAAGCCUCGAGAAGAUGCUCCUUAUGCAGAGAGAGCUCCACUAAAGAAACACCCAGACAAUCUUCGAAUGGAUGGAGACUUCUAUGCUCCUACUCCAGAAGGUGCUCCUCGAGGUGAAAGAGCACCAGUCAAGAAGCAUCCUGACAAUCUGAAGAUGGUUGGAGACUUUGAAGGUAGGCCUCGUGAAGAUGCUCCAUAUGCGGAGAGAGCUCCAGUCAAGAAACAUCCUGACAAUCUUCGUAUGGAUGGAGACUUCUAUGCUCCUACUCCAGGAGAUGCUCCUCGUGGUGAAAGAGCUCCAAUCAAGAAACAUCCUGACAAUCUCAGAAUGGUUGGAGACUUUGAAGGAAAGCCUCGUGAAGAUGCUCCAUAUGCAGAGAGAGCUCCAGUCAAGAAACAUCCUGACAACCUUUGGGACUUCUAUGCUCCUACUCCUGGAGAUGCUCCUCGUGGCGAAAGGGCUCCAAUCAAGAAACAUCCUGACAAUCUUAAAAUGGUUGGAGACUUUGAAGGAAGGCCUCGUGAAGAUGCUCCAUAUGCAGAGAGAGCUCCAGUCAAGAAACACCCAGACAAUCUCCGAAUGGAUGGAGACUUCUAUGCACCAUCACCUGAGGAUGCUCCUCGAGGCGAAAGAGCGCCUGUAAAACGCCAUCCAGAUAACCUACGUAUGACUGGAGACUUUAUUGGUAAAGAAGAAGAAUACACUAUCAAGCGAGGAGAGAGAGUGGAAGUUGUUCGCCGAGAAGAUAACCUACGUAUGGAAGGAGAAUUCAUUGGAAAGGAAUAUGAGCAAGUCACAGUAGGAGAAAGAGCACCCAUCAAGAAACAUCCUGACAAUCUCAAAAUGGUUGGAGACUUUGAAGGAAAGCCUCGCGAAGAAGCUCCUUAUGCAGAGAGAGCCACAGUUAAAAAGCACCCAGACAAUCUACGAAUGGAUGGAGACUUCUAUGCUCCUACUCCUGGAGAUGCUCCUCGUGGUGAAAGGGCUCCAAUCAAGAAACAUCCUGACAAUCUUAAAAUGGUUGGAGACUUUGAAGGAAGGCCACGUGAAGAUGCUCCAUAUGCAGAGAGAGCACCAGUCAAGAAACACCCUGACAAUCUUCGUAUGGAUGGAGACUUCUAUGCUCCAUCCCCUGAGGAUGCUCCACGUGGUGAAAGGGCUCCAGUCAAGAAACAUCCUGAUAAUCUUAAAAUGGUUGGAGAUUUUGAAGGAAGGCCUCGUGAAGAUGCUCCAUACGGAGAGAGAGCUCCAGUUAAGAAACACCCAGACAACCUUCGGAUGGAUGGAGACUUCUAUGCUCCAACUCCGGGAGAUGCUCCUCGUGGUGAAAGGGCUGCAAUCAAGAAACAUCCUGACAAUCUUAGAAUGGUUGGAGACUUCGAAGGAAAGCCACGUGAAGAUGCCCCAUACGCAGAGAGAGCUCCAGUCAAGAAACACCCAGACAAUCUUCGAAUGGAUGGAGACUUCUAUGCUCCUACUCCCGGAGAUGCUCCUCGUGGUGAAAGGGCUCCAAUUAAAAAGCAUCCUGACAAUCUCAGAAUGGUUGGAGACUUUGAAGGAAAGCCUCGUGAAGAUGCUCCAUACGCAGAGAGAGCGCCAGUGAAGAAACACCCUGACAACCUUCGGAUGGAUGGAGACUUCUAUGCUCCUACUCCUGGAGAUGCUCCGCGUGGUGAAAGGGCUCCAAUCAAGAAGCAUCCUGACAACCUUAGAAUGGUUGGAGACUUUGAAGGAAAGCCUCGUGAAGAUGCUCCAUAUGGAGAGAGAGCUCCAGUCAAGAAACAUCCUGACAACCUUCGAAUGGACGGAGAUUUCUAUGCUCCAACUCCUGGAGAUGCUCCUCGUGGUGAAAGGGCUCCAAUCAAGAAGCAUCCUGACAAUCUUAGAAUGGUUGGAGACUUUGAAGGCAAGCCUCGUGAAGAUGCUCCAUACGCAGAGAGAGCUCCAGUCAAGAAACACCCAGACAAUCUUCGAAUGGAUGGAGACUUCUAUGCUCCAUCCCCUGAGGAUGCUCCACGUGGUGAAAGGGCUCCAGUCAAGAAACAUCCUGAUAAUCUUAGAAUGGUUGGAGAUUUCGAAGGAAGGCCUCGUGAAGAUGCUCCAUAUGCGGAGAGAGCUCCAGUGAAGAAACACCCAGACAAUCUUCGGAUGGAUGGUGACUUCUAUGCUCCAACUCCUGGAGAUGCUCCUCGUGGUGAAAGGGCUCCAAUCAAGAAGCAUCCUGACAAUCUUAGAAUGGUAGGAGAUUUUGAAGGAAAGCCUCGUGAAGAUGCUCCAUAUGCAGAGAGAGCACCAGUCAAGAAACACCCAGACAAUCUCCGAAUGGAUGGAGAUUUCUAUGCUCCAAAACCUGAAGAUGCACCACGUGGUGAGAGAGCACCAGUGAAACGUCAUCCUGAUAACUUACAAAUGACUGGUGAGUUUAUUGGCAAAGAAGAGGAAUUUAUAUUCAAGCGGGGAGAGAGGGUUGAUGUUGUUCGCCGAGAAGACAAUCUGAGGAUGGAAGGAGAAUUCAUUGGCAAAGAACAUGAACAAGUCACUGUGGGUGAGAGGGCUCCAGUGAGGAGACAUCCUGACAACCUUCGAAUGGAUGGUGACUUCUAUGCUCCAACUCCAGAGGAUGCACCAAAAGGUGAAAGAGCACCUGUAAAACGUCAUCCAGACAACCUUCGCAUGACUGGGAAAUUCGAGGGAAAGGAAGAAGAACACGUUUAUACUCGAGGUGAAAGAGCAGAAAUUGUACGUAGAGAAGACAACCUUCAUAUGGUAGGAGAAUUUAUUGGCAAAGAAUAUGAAGAGGUUAAAAUUGGUGAAAGGGUAUCUGUAAAGAAACAUGAAGAUAAUCUUAGAAUGGAUGGACAAUUCUAUGCUCCAACCCCAGAAGAUGCUCCUCGUGGUGAAAGGGCUCCAAUCAAGAAACAUCCUGACAACCUUAGAAUGGUUGGAGACUUUGAAGGAAAGCCUCGUGAAGAUGCUCCAUAUGGAGAGAGAGCUCCAGUCAAGAAACAUCCUGACAACCUUCGAAUGGACGGAGAUUUCUAUGCUCCAACUCCUGGAGAUGCUCCUCGUGGUGAAAGGGCUCCAAUCAAGAAACAUCCUGACAACCUUAGAAUGGUUGGAGACUUUGAAGGAAAGCCUCGUGAAGAUGCUCCAUAUGCAGAGAGAGCUCCAGUCAAGAAACAUCCAGACAACCUUCGAAUGGAUGGAGAUUUCUAUGCUCCAACUCCUGGAGAUGCUCCUCGUGGUGAAAGGGCUCCAAUCAAGAAACAUCCUGACAAUCUUCGAAUGGAUGGAGACUUUGAAGGAAAGCCUCGUGAAGAUGCUCCAUAUGGAGAGAGAGCUCCAGUCAAGAAACAUCCUGACAACCUUCGAAUGGAUGGAGAUUUCUAUGCUCCAACUCAUGGAGAUGCUCCUCGUGGUGAAAGGGCUCCAAUCAAGAAACAUCCUGACAAUCUUAGAAUGGUUGGAGACUUUGAAGGAAAGCCUCGCGAAGAUGCUCCAUAUGCAGAGAGAGCUCCAGUCAAGAAACAUCCUGACAAUCUUCGAAUGGAUGGAGACUUCUAUGCUCCUACUCCUGGUGAUGCUCCUCGUGGUGAAAGAGCUCCAGUCAAGAAACAUCCUGACAAUCUCAGGCCAGAAGGAGAUUUCAUGGGACGGCCAAGAGAUCAACAGCCUCUUAUUGGUGACAGAGCCCAUAUUAGGAAGCUAGAAGAUAAUCUGCACAUGGAAGGUGACUGGCUUGGCCAAUCAAGUACACACUAUGAUUAUCCAGUUGUAAGUGGAGUGCGUCAGGAGGUGUACAGGCAAUCAGACAAUUUGAAACAAGAAGGGGAGUUCAUUGGUAAAACACAUUUCACUGAUGACUACCAGCUUCAUCAGGUACAGCGCUCUCAAGCAGUCAAGCACAAAGACAAUCUGACUAUUGAAGGAAAAUAUCACCUUGAGACAUUGCAAAAGGAUGCAUACAAGAUCCAUAAGGGUGUUCGAGCUGAAAUAAAGAAACACAGUGAUAAUCUCCACCUUGAAGGAGAUUUUACUGGACGUCCACAUGAGUCAGCACCUCUUAAGGGAGAUCGAGCAUCCAUUGUACGCCAUCCCGAUCACCUUAAACCUGUUGGAGAAUUUGAGGGAAAGCCCACAGAAGAAGCACCACGAGGAGAGCGUGCCCCUGUCAAGAAACAUCCAGAUAAUCUGAAGAUGGAAGGUACCUUUGAAGGGAAACCACUCGAUGAGAGUCCACUGAGGGGAGAGAGAGCUUCCAUCAAGAAACACGAAGAUUCUCUGAAGAUGGAAGGCAGCUUUGAGGGUCGACAUGUAUCUGCAGUUAAACGAGGUGAGCGUGCAGAAAUUCAGAAACACACUGACAACUUGAAAAUGGAAGGUGACAUGACAUUCAUUCGUGAAGAAGCUGCUACAAGAGGAGAAAGGGCAGAGAUCAGCAGACAUGCAGACAACUUAAAGAUGGAAGGAGAUUUAGAAAUAACAAAGAAGACAUUUGCUACUAAAGGAGAAAGAGCCACAACUCACAAGUAUGAGGAUACCUUGAAAAUGGAGGGAGACAUGUUGAUCACUAAGAAAGAAAUGGUGACCAAAGGAGAGAGAGCAGAGAUAAAGAAACAUAAGGACAGCCUUAAAAUCGAUGGAGAAUUCGAAGGAAAGAAAAAGUCUGCAGUCCUGCGAGGAGAACGGGCAGAAGUAAAGAAACACAAGGACAAUCUAAAAAUGGAGGGUGACAUGAAUAUUGAAAAGAGAACUUCUGUAGUCAAGGGUGAACGAGCGACUAUCAAAAGGCAUGAAGAUUCAUUAAAACUUGAGGGUGACAUGAGCUUUACAAGAGAAGAGAGCAUUGGAAGGGGAGAAAGAGCACAUAUCAAGAAGCAUGAAGAUACAUUGAAAAUGGAAGGAUCGUUUGAAGGGCGAAGGAAAUCUGCUGCAGCUGCCAAGGGUGAAAGGGCAGAUGUGAAGAAGCCUAAGGAUAACCUGAAGACAGAGGGUGAGUUUAGAACCACUCGGAAGUCUGCUGUGACAAAAGGUGAGCGAGCUGAGAUAAAGAAACAUGAAGACAAUUUGAAGAUGGAAGGAAAGCUUGAGAUAACGAAGGAAACCUCGUCGGUUGUGAAAGGUGAAAGAGCUGAGAUAAAGAAGCAUGAAGAUUCACUGAAAAUGGAAGGCUCUUUCGAAGGAAGGAGAAAGAGUGCAGCAACCUUCAAAGGAGAACGAGUUGAAAUCCGAAAACACGAAGAUCAUCUGAAAAUGGAAGGGACUUUCGAAGGAUUCCAGAGGACAAGUACACCUACUAAAGAUGGUGUGAAAAGAAAUGAAACUUUCAAAGUAAAGGGCGAACGAGCACAAGUCAAGAAACAUGAAGACAACCUGAAGAUGGAAGGAGAGUUCUAUGCACAAUCUCCGAACAUUAGCCCUAUUAAAGGAGACCGAGCAGAUGUGAAAAAGCCAAAAGAUAACUUGAGUGUGACGGGGCCCUUUGAAGGCAGACCUAAAGAAGGACCUGGAGUUGGAGAACGGCCACCACCAUACAAAUAUGAUGAUAAUCUCAAAAUGGAGGGUGACUUCGAAGGCAGGAGAAGAGGAUCCCCUGGAAAGGGUGAACGUCUUCCUCAGAAGAGGCAUCCUGACAAUCUCAAGAUGGAAGGGAGUAUGGAUGGACGUACAAAAGAAAGCCCUGGAACCGGGGAAAGACUUCCUCAGAAGCGGUACCCAGAUAACCUUAAGCUAGAUGGAAGCUUUGAGGGUAAACCCAAAGAAAGUCCAGGUGCUGGUGAAAGACUGCCACAGAAAAGAUACCCUGAUAACCUCAAGGUCGAAGGUGACUUUGCGGGUCGUCCCAAAGGUAGUCCAGGAGCAGGUGAACGGCUACCUCAGAAGCGCUAUCCCGACAACCUGAAGAUGGAAGGAGACUUUGAAGGUCGGCGACAAUCGUCUUCAGGCAAAGGAGACAGAGCCUCACCCACGAAAUAUGAAGACAGUCUGAAACUCGAAGGAGAGUUUACAGGAUCCAGAAGAGAGAGUGCAGUUGUUAAUGGGAAAGCAGAGGUUCAGCAAUCACAAGUUAGUGUAGCUGGAAGUAGUGGUAAGAUCCGACGUGACACUGUAGUUCUGAAAUCUGGAGAAUCCAUGGCAACUAAAUUAGCAUCGGAAUCCGUAACCUCCAAGACAGAAGAAUCAUCCUCAAUUCAGAAGUCCAGUUCGGCAAAGAGUGACACAAACACUAACAAAGAUGUGAGGACAGUCGAGUCAUACACAGCUGAUGGGCGUAAAGUCACCCGAAUCAUAACCAAAGAAAGCCGAGAAACAAAGUCAGCCACACGUGCCGAGUCCAGGGCUACCAGUGUUAAGUCCACUACUGAAGAACGUAAGAUAUCAUCUGCUGAGGCCAAGCUUGAAGCUUCUUCGCUGAGUACAUCCCAUGCCAGAGGGACAAAGGAAAAAUCUCCCACACCAGCAACAACGCCUACUGGUCGUGGUCGCCAUAACCAAUCCUCUUUUUCUUAGGAGGAUUCCAGUAAGAUGGAAACAACCUCACGUUCUACAGGUAUGAAACAUUCCACAUCUAAGAGCAACAUCAAUUUAGGUCUUGAAAUCAAUAAAGGAGAAUCCACAGCCACAACACGAGAGAUGGCUUCGUCCCUACGACAAGCAGAAGCUCUAGACCUCCGAGGCAGCACCAAGGUAGAUGCCUCUUCCUCCUCCUCCGCGUCCCAUGGCGCCACCCAUUCCUCACACAUCGCCGGCAGCAGCCAAGAAGAAUAUCGCAAGUGGUCCGCCAACCAUCAGCAACAGAACGAACAGAGGCGAGUGUCCUCCAGCAGCACUGCCACCAACCGCGUAGAGCAGCGAGUGACGAGAGGGCGUGGCAACGCGUCUUCGAUCACCUUCCACUCCGAGUACGACCCCUGGAGGGACGCCACCAUCACUCGGCGGGGAGAGUGGCAGAUCGUGACUCCGUGCCCCGCCUCCCUGCUUGACACCCGUGCCUCGAACUACAAACCAAAGGAACACCCACCCAAACCCAAGGAGCACAAGUUUUACCUCCCCAUAGUUGAGUGAGUGUGAGACUUCCGUAAACAAAUGGACUUAAUUUGAAAAACCGUUUAAUCUAUGAAGACAAACCGCCUUACAUGGUCCAAGUAAAAGGUCAUGUUAGAUAUUAAUGAUUCCUUUUAUUUUUGCACAGUAAUGCUCAUUUAACCUGUGAUGUUGACUGCCUUAAGACUGAUUCUCCAGUGUUUCUACAGUAGGAAAUGCUUAAGCUGUGAUUACUUCAAAAAGUAAGAAAAAGGGUAUACACUUAAAGAUGAUAUGCAGAGCAGCUGUAAUAUUCUUGUAUGUGACAUUUCGACGAAGUGCUUUUGAAGUUGUUACAUCCCAUGCCAUUUUUACUUAUUUUUAUAAUCUAGAAUAAGACUGUAGCAUUUUUUCUCAAUCAAAACGAACGAAGACAAUAGUCUGUGCUUUCUGUACUAUUAGUGGGAAACUUUUUAACUCGAAAGGGAUAAUAUACACACACAUAUUAUAUACAACAUAUAUAAAAAUAUAUAUUUUUAUCACAGUGUUCAACUUUUAACGCAAAAGAAAAAAAUAGAAACAAAGAGUAGUUCUUAGCAAGCGUUCCGUUUGCCCUUGCGUCUCGGGAUUUAGGGGACAUCUCCUGGGGCGUGACGGCAAACGACGCUUGUGCCUUCGGGCCUCUGUCUCCGGCCUGGACCUCCGCCAAGCCCAGGGCAGACGGCUCGGCCCAGGCAUGUUGUGACCUGCCGAUUCAUGCCUUUGGUCUAACCAACCCGUAUUUUUUACAUCCCCUCCCGUCGCCAAAAGCAUGGAUAUGGGAAGUGGGAAAAGGAGGAUAGAUAUCUAGGCGUGUAUCUAGAUAUUUAAGUGCAUAUGAAGUUAUCUAAAGAAAUAUGUCUUUAGUCCAGAAUCGACAGAUUUUUUUUUUCUUUUUAAGUUUCUCUCCUUUUUCCAUUGUCUGUUUCCUCGUCUCCAGCGACGGGAGGUGUUAGCUAUAGUUCUAUAUAUUUAAAAGAAAGAAAUUUGGUGCUUGGUUGUGUAUUUUUGUUUUGUUUUAGUACUGUUUAACGAAUAUAAGAGAAAUGUAACGAUGCAUUUUUAAAAUGAAUUUACCCAUUAAAGACAAUGUGUGAAUUUAAAGUGUUUGGUAUACUGAUAUGAGUAUGAUUUAUAUCAAUCAAUUUGAAUUAUUUAUUUUCUAUUUUAUCGUUUUUGUUAAUAAUAUAUAUAUAUGCAUUUUAUUGAAUGAGUUCGAGGUUUCCACUAUAGUGUUAGUCGGAAAACCGAUUUAUAUGUUUGUUGGUGCCAUAAGACAGAUGAAAGCGAGGAGCUCUAACCUCGUUUUCAAACAAUUAUAUCGAUUGUUCACAACAGCAACGGGCAGAAAAAUAAAGGAAAUGAAAAGAAAAGAUAAAUAUCGCAUAAGAAAAACAAAGCGAAAGAAUAAAAAAAAUUACCCAAGCUUGAGACAAGGCAAUAAAUUCAAAUUUAUUGAUCCUGUGUCUUCAAAAAGACUGGGAUAAAAUCCGUCCUUGUAACACCCCCACCCACCCCUCACCCACCAACACCCCCGACCACAAUCCCACCUACAUUAAUAUCUUCCAUCUUGCAAACCACAUUAUAUGUAGCAUACACCGUGUUCGUAUGUCUUGCUGCACCGUCUCGCUCUCACUUUGCGUGUGUGGUUAUUCUUUGCACACACACACAGAUCUUUCUUGUUUUUUUAAAUUGUUAUUAUCACUACUUUUUAUCAUUAUUGGUGUUGGCUUAAUAAGCUUCACUCGCAAAAUCUCAUUUAUCGAAUAUUUAUACGAUUUUGUACACUUUUCGUAUAUUCCAAAACUCACAGAACAGCCGUUUUAUUAUAUCACUAUAAUAUAUUUAUUAAUAAAAAAUAAAAAAAAUUAUACCAAGCCAAGCAUCGGUGUUGCAGCUUUUUUUUAAAAUUGUAUCCCCCCAUUCUUGCUACAUCAAUGUGAGUUUUGUAACUUGUUCCUAACCCAAUUGUCUACUUUUUUUUCGGUUUCCUUCCCGCCUCUUCAAGUCUUGGGUUUUUAACGAUCUUCAUAUGUUUUUUUUAUUUAAUUUAAUUUACUUGAGUGUUGCUUCUCGCUGCGUUUGCACUGGAGUUGCUUCUUCAUAUGUGCUUUACUGUUAUCAAGGUGUUUUAGAAAGAUAAUUUACAAAAAAAAAGUAUAUAUAAUUUUUUUUUCUUUUUCAAAAAUGUGAUACUACAUUUAGCUCGACAAAUAAAGUGCUUGCUUAUUUC